UUUGCUUGAACGAAAAUCGAAGUUCAUUUAUAUCCCGUGAAUUUAGAGAUGGGUUGUAACAAAUCCGUAAAUGUACUUAACAGUUACAGAUUUGCUAAUAUCCAUCUCUAAAUUCCAGUGUAACACCGGAACCACCAGGAUUUUUAGAGACGUUGUAACUGGCUCAACUUCGAUUGGUUCAAGUUCGACUCAGCUGAGUUCUGUUUAUAAAUGCGAACCAACAUGUUCAUAAUCCUUCCUCCAUGGUUCAUCCGUUCAUCACUACUGGCUGCUGACAGUGACAAUUGACAAUAAUUUGAAUUGUUUCUAAAAAAGGUAAAAAAAAUUCUACAAUAACAAACUGUUGAAACCGUAACUAAAAAAUAAAAGUAUAAACUUAUAGGAACAUUAUGUAAAUGAUUGUAUUUUUAUUAAAAAUACAUCAUCUUAAUGGCUGAAUUGGAAGAUGCAUCAGAAAUUGUUGUUUUAAAAUCUAGCAGCAAGAAAGAGAACUUUUUAUUUCACAACACUUUAGUAUGUCUUGUAAAAGCACUAGAAGGUACAUAUACAUUAGUAGAUUUACGAAAUGAAAGCUGUAUCGCAGGAAAAAUUGUUAAAGUUGACGGUUACAUGAAUAUAGAAAUGGAAGAAGCAGUCUUUAUAGAUGCGCGAGGAAAUAAACACUAUUUUUCACAAUUCUUUGUUCGUCACCGGAAUAUUAGAUAUGUUCACAUACCAAAAGAUUUCAAAUCGGUUGAACUUAUGCAAGAUCAACUAAAUGGAAUGAAUCGAUUUAAGAAAGCUAAGAAGGAGAAACGAACAUUUAAACAAGUCAGAGCUGAGCGUUAUCAAAAAGAAACUCUUCAAAAUCUUAACAAUUAA